CAAAAGAUUAGUCGAGAAACCAAAAAGAAAAAAGAAAAAAAAACUUCCGGGACAAGAAAAAUGAAACUUUGGAGCCAGAGAUUAUCGUUUCUAAUGGUCAUGGUCUUGUUUCUCGCCGGGCUUGAUUUCUCCUCCGCCAUCCGCAAGCUUCCUAGUAUGACGGCGACAGAGAUGUUCCACGAAGAGUUCCGGCGAUUAAGAUUUGACGGCGAGAGAAUGUUAUCGGAAGUGAGCGCCGGCGAGAAGUACGAUCAGAUUUACGGAGUUUCCGUUAGAAAAGUUCCCGCUGGUCCAAACCCGCUUCACAACAAAUGAUAUGUUGCUUAUUAUUUAUUUUAUUUAGGUUUUUAUUUGAGGAAGUUUUCUCUUUCUUUUUUUUUUUAUAUAAAAAAACAAAAUCUUAAUUGGUGUUUGUGGAGACAUCAUAGUGUAUGAUAGAUAUGCAUAGAGAGAUUUGUAUUAGUUUUUGUAUUCAAAUUUAUUACAUAUACGAUGCAAAAUAUGUAUCAUUCCGUUGUUUUAUUAAUGUGUCUGGGAGCUGAGAUUGAAAAGUAAGAA